UACUGUUACUAGCAGUUUUUCCUUUUUAACUACUGUGAAACAAGAAAUCUUCUUGAGUUGGUGAUCUUCUGCUUGGGCAAUUUGAAGAAAAUCGGAACAAAUUUGCCGGGAUGAAUUAAAGUCUCACGAUUCCCAAGGGCACCGCAAACCAGAAAGAGUCUUGUCAGCAUUUUAACCUUAAACUUCACAAAAUGACAGAGAUAUAGGGAAGACUGAAGAGUUCCAGAGAAAGGGAUCAAAAGGAAAACUUUGAAGGCAAAGAAGCAUUUGAGACUACUGAAUCAAUGGAAUUGCUAAGUGGGUUUUCACUCUUGCUGCAGCAAAUCAAUGCUUUGCUUAGGAAGAACUUCAUUCUUGCAUGGAGAAACAGAAGAUCAACAUUUCUUCAACUCUUCUCUUCAUUCUUCUUCAUUGCUUUUAUGUUUGCAUUAAGGAAGACCAAUAACUACACAGAAAGCAGACCUAAUUUCUCUGCAAAAGUUCGUGAUCCCAAGCCCAUCACUAAUCCUCCAAUUCCUGCAUGUGAGGACAAGUUGAUCAUCAAUGUUCCAUGUUUUGACUUUGUUUGGAGUGGCAGUGGAAACCAAAGACUUGAGUCCAUUGUCAAUGGCAUCAUGACUAACAACCCUGGUCGCACAAUUCCUCAGAGUAAGGUCAAAUCAUUUAGAACAAAAGAUGAAUUGGAUAAAUGGCUUUUGGAUAAUCCAAUGCGUUGCCCUGGAGCUCUACACCUUUUUGAAAGAAAUGCCGAGGAAAUAAGAUAUGGUAUAGAAAUCAAUUCAUCUUCUUCUUUUGAAUUUGGAAGGCAAAUUGAGGAUCCUGUUUUCAAGUUUCAAGUGCCCCUUCAGUAUGCUGUAUCGCGUGAAAUUUCUAGAUCCUUAAUCGGAGAUCCCAAUUUCAGCUUUAAUGUUGGUCUAAAAGAAUUUGCGCACCCUCCCAGAAGAAUUGACUCUUCAGACAGCUACGAUGCAUCAGAUCUCAGUUUCAGCAUUGAUGCUGGUUCUGCAGACCCUCACAGAAACAUUGACUCUGCGGAUAGCGAUGCGAAUAAUUUAUUUGCAGCCAGCUUUCCAGCAAUUUUCUAUCUUUUAGUUGCUAUGUUUGGUUUCACAUUUCGAAUUCAUUCUCUGGUUCUGGAGAAAGAGCUGAAACUUCGACAGACAAUGAGUAUAAUGGGCCUCUACGACAGUGCCUACUGGACUUCAUGGUUCAUAUGGGAAGGGUUCAUGGCUUUUCUGAUGUCUUUGCUUAUUGUUGCUUUUGGGACAAUGUUUCGAGAUGAUGUUUUCAUGAAAAACAAUAUUUUCCUAGUAUUCCUUCUAUUUUUCCUUUUCAUGAUUAGCAUGGUUAGCUUUGCAUUCAUGAUUUCAACCCUACUCAGCAAGUCGUCUUCAGCCACAACUGUGGGCUUCUUCAUCCUUGCUUUUGGACUUGUGACAGUGAUUUUUUCUUCGCUAUUCUACGACGGAACAGUGAAAAAUAGUUAUUAUCGCAUCUUGUGGUCAUUUUUUCCACCUAAUCCUUUUGCUGGAGGUUUUACCGUGCUUGAAGAGGCAGCAGGGGAAGGUGGCAUUAGGUGGAGUCAACGAGCGGAGUGCAAAUUACUGGGAAAUCCUUGUGUUUCAAUGGUCUACUUUUAUUUAUGGCUUGUCUCUUUGUUCUUUUUCUGGUCUCUUGUGGCUAUUUAUUUUGAUAAUAUAGUCCCCAACUCUGCUGGUUUGAGAAAAUCACGUCUAUACUUCUUGAAACCAAGCUAUUGGACAGGGAGAGGAGAUAGUAACUUGACAGAGGACAUCAGACAUCUUGCAUCUAGGUCCCCUACACAGCCGGAUCAUUUCACUCCGGAUGAUGAGGAUGUUCAUGAAGAGGAAGCAUCUGUCAAAAAAGCAACAAUCGAAGGGACCAUUGAUCCAGAUGUUGCUGUUCAGUUGCGUGGCCUUACUAAGUCAUAUUCUAUGGCAUUAAAGAUAAGCUGCCACCGGUUCUGCUUUUGCUAUUUUUGCUGUACAUGCAAGAUUACAAAACCUUUUGUGGCCGUGAAGGAUCUCUGGAUGAAUUUCCCAAAGAAUCAGUUGUUCUGUCUCCUCGGACCAAAUGGAGCUGGCAAGUCUACCUUAAUAAGCUGUUUGACGGGAAUCACUCCUGUGACACAUGGAGAUGCACUCAUCUACGGCAAUUCUAUUCGAAGCUCAAAAGGAAUGUCAACAAUCAGAAGACUGGUAGGAGUCUGUGCGCAGUUCGACUCUCUUUGGAAUGCACUAUCAGCUAAAGAACAUCUCCAUCUGUUCGCUAGUAUAAAAGGCUUGCCCACGGCUACGCAGAAAUCAGAAGUGAAACGUUUGCUGGCUGAUGUCGACAUUGACAAGAUUGCUAAUGUAAGAGCAGGAAGCUACAGUGGGGGUACAAGGCGCCGACUAAGUUUAGCAAUUGCCCUUAUUGGAGACCCGAAACUUCUUAUCUUGGAUGAACCAACAACUGGAAUGGAUCCUGUUACUCGGAGACGCAUCUGGAAUGUAAUUGAGAAUGCAAAGCAAGGGCGUUCUAUCAUCCUCACAACACAUUCUAUGGUUGAAGCUGAUGUUUUAUCAGAUCGCAUCGGAAUAAUGGCAAAGGGUAUGCUUCGCUGUAUUGGCACCUCUAUUGUGCUCAAGUCAAGAUUUGGUUCAGGUUACGCUGCAAAGGUAACAUUCCCCAAAAGCCUUUACAAUAUUUUGGCCCAAGAGAAUGACAUCAAUGCAAAGCAUCGAGAAGCUGUGAAACUCUUUUUCAAACAGCGGCUCAAUGUUGAACCAAAAGUGGAAAACGAAUACAUGUUGACAUUUACUCUACCAAGUGCUGAGGAAGAGAUAUUAGCACGAUUCUUUUCUGAGCUGGAAAAGAGAGAAAGCGAAUUUGGCAUCAAAAGCAUCCAAUUAGGUCUCGGGACGCUUGAAGAAGUUUUCCUAAAUAUAGCAAAGAAAGCAGCGCUACAGACAUUUAAUCCUAAGGAGAGCAUGAAAACUUUGACCUUGCCAUCAGGGGCCACACUGCAGGUGCCUCUUGGAGCGGAGUAUGUUAAAAUUCCAGGAGCGGAGUCCCGCCAGAAUCCCAGAGGCCUUAUGGUGGAUAUCUUCUGGGCACAGGAUGAUACAGGCAAUCUCUGCAUUUCUGGCCAUUCAGCUGAAAAGCCAGUGCCACCAGACCUCCAACUAACUGCUGCCUCCUCAGUUACUUCAACAAGGAAAAGCUGCAGUUGCUGUUAGCGAGAGAAGGAAAUGUUGUGCAGGCAUCAAUCAUCUGGCAGGAUAAUUGUUUGUCAAAGAACUAAAGAAACGUUGUCCUGCACAUUUUCUUUCAGCCAAUGCAGUUGCAGAUUUUGCCUUUGCCAAUGGAUUCACGUUGCAAGGUGGGCGGACAUAACAAAAAGCUUACCUCUGGCGCAAAUGAUUUGAAACAUAAAUUUAUGCAAGCCAAGCAACUCAAAGACAUUAGUUUUAAGAAGACAGAUGCUACAAAGAAACCAAAAGGCUCAAAUGACAUCCAAAACUCCAUCUGCAUUUGUCUUUUUUUUCCCCUUGUCAGUUGGAUGAAAGUGCUGUUUCUUGUUUCCUUUGCUCUGGAUUAAGAGAUUGAUCCUGCAUAAUCAGAGAAAUGAAAACAUGAUUAAAGCAA